AAAAACAACAAUAAUAACACAAUAAGAAAACGUCAGAUGUCCAAUUCAUGUUUAACUUGAUCUUUUGUGAAAUAGUCUUUAUGGUUAUGAAGUAAAUUGGCUAUGUAGAUAAAAAUUUAAUUCCGCGUUGCUCGUUUGUAACAAUCAUUUUUUUUCUAUUUUCCCCUAUUUAUUUUUCAAUUUUUUGUCACAAGUUUAGGAUUAUAUUCUGUUUUGACGUCUGUUAGUUUCACUUUCUGCCUUGGCGAUUUUUUUCUGGCUGUGGGCGCGAAACGAGUACAGGGCUGCACUUUCGCCUCACAACAAGAAGCCAUGGUUCGAAUCCCAACUGUGACCUCUCUGUGUGGCGUUUACAUAUACUCCUUGUCUCUCUGGGCGUUUUUCCCCCCACUGUCCUAAAACGUACUUUGGUUAAUUGUUUUAUUUAAAUUACUGUGAAUGCAAAUGUCUGUGGAUGUGUGGCCGUGCAACAGACUGGUGACCUGUACAGGCUCUACCUCACUUUUGCCCAACAGUAGCUCCAGCAACCCCUUGACGCCUUCCUGCAGCUGUGAAGAACCUGAAAAACUGCGUCUGAAUCAGUAACAAAACAAGCUGUUCACAAGACAUUUUGGAACCAUGAGUGAAUCAGAGGAUAAAGCAGAGACUUCUCGUUCCUCAAAUGAUGGUCUAGCUGAAGAUCAUGAGAACCACAACCAACCUGAGAGAAUUGAGGUGGAAAGAGAAGAUUCUUCAUCAAGCUCUGUGUCCCAGAGAAGUGACAUGUCCAAGGAUUCUCCUAUGGGUUUCAACAAGGAAGUAAACAAAAAUGAGGUGGACAGAAAAGAUUCUUCAUCAAGCUCUGUGUCCCAGAGAAGUGACAUGUCCAAGGAUUCUCCUAUGGGUUUCAACAAGGAAGUAAACAAGAUUAACCAGAACACACCAGAGGCUCAAACAGGACAAGAAAAAACGGUUCUUGGGGAAACAGCAGUUGGCAAAGAAACAAUUGAAAGUGAGCUUUUGAGUGGAGAAUACACAGAAAUGUUAUCAUCAAUCAGUCUUCUUCAGUCGAGCAUAAGGAAGAAGUUUGAAAGCACAUUCACAGCAGGAUAUUCACUUUCACUGAGUCAGAUCUACACAGAGCUGUACAUCACUGAAGGACGGCCUGCAGAGGUCAACAGAGAACAUGAAAUCAGAGAACUUGAAAGAGCGUUCAGAAAAUCAGACAGACCAGAAACAACAAUCAAACCUGAAGACAUCUGCAGGCCCCCGCCUGGAGGAAACAAAGCAGUCAGAACAGCAAUCACAAUGGGAGUGGCUGGCAUCGGGAAAACAGUCUUAACAAACAAGUUUGCUCUGGACUGGGCUGAAUGCAAGACCAACCAGGACAUCCAGUUCUUAUUUCUGUUUUCUUUCAGAGAACUGAAUCUUUUAAAGGAGGAGAAGUUCAGUCUUGUGGAACUUAUCCAUCAUUUUUAUUCAGAAACUAAAGGUUUCAGCCGUUUUGCAGAUUUCCAGGUUUUGUUUAUCUUUGAUGGUCUGGAUGAGUGUCGGUUUCCUCUGAAGCUUAACAGCACAGAGAUCCUGACUGAUGUUGACCAGCCUGCAUCUCUGGGAGAACUGCUGACAAACCUCAUCAAGGGGAAACUUCUUCCCUCCGCUCAGCUUUGGAUAACCACACGACCUGCAGCAGCCAGUCAGAUCCCGGCUGAAUGUGUUGACAUGGUAACAGAGGUGAGAGGGUUCAAUGACUCACAGAAGGAGGAGUACUUUAAGAAACGAUUUGGAGAAGAUGAAGAUCAAGCCACCACUGUUUACUCCCAGAUCAAGAGGUGCCGAAGCCUCCACAUCAUGUGUCACAUCCCAGUCUUCUGCUGGAUCUCUGCAACAGUUCUGGACCAGCUGCUUAAAAGCAAAGAGCAAAGAGAGACACCCAGAUCCCUGACUGAGAUGUACAUCCACUUUGUGCUGAUCCAAGUUCAAAUGAAGAAGAUCAAGUAUGAUGGAGGAUCUGAGACCGAUUCAGUCUGGACUCCAGAAAGCAGAAAGAUGAUCUUGUCUUUGGGAAAGCUGGCUUUUGAGCAGCUUCAGAAAGGAAACCUGUUCUUCUACGACUCUGACCUGACAGAGAGUGGAAUCGACGUCAGAGCCGCCUCAGUGUGUUCAGGAGUGUUCACACAGAUCUUCAAGGAGGAGAUUGGACUCCAUCAGGGCAGAGUGUUCUGCUUUGUUCACCUGAGUGUUCAGGAGUUUCUGGCUGCUCUGUAUGUCCACGUCACAUUCUUUAAAGGAGCUUCAAACCUGCUUUUAGAAAAGCAACCAGCUUCUGGAUGGCUUGAUUGGCUUAGUGGUAAAAGGAACGCAGCUUUACUCUAUCAGAGCGCUAUAGACAAAGCCCUGCAGAGUCCAAACGGACACCUGGACCUCUUCCUGCGGUUCAUCCUGGGUCUCUCACAACAAAACAGCCAGGUUCUUCUAAGAGGACUUUUGAAAGAAACAGAAGCAGACUCAACUGUGGUUCCAGAAACAGUUCAGCACAUCAAGAAGAAGCUAAGUAAACAGGAAUCUGUUGAGAAAAGCAUCAACCUGUUUCACUGCCUGAUGGAGCUGCAGGAUUGUUCUUUGAUCGAGGAGAUCCAGCAACGCCUGGCCUCAGGAAGUCUUUCUCCAAAUGAAAUGUCUUCCUCUCAGUGGUCAGCUCUGGUCUUCAUCCUGCUGAGUUCAGAAGAAAACCUAAAAGAGUUUGAACUGAAGAAACACUUUGCUUCAGAUGUGGGUCUGCAGAGGCUGCUACCCGUGAUCAAAGAGUCCAGCAGAGCUGUUCUGAGUUGCUGUAACCUGACAGAGAAGAGCUGUGAGCUUCUGGCCUCAGUUCUCAGCUCUCAGUCCUGCAAUCUGAAGUACCUGGACCUGAGGAACAACGACCUGAAGGAUUCAGGACUGAAGCUGCUCUGUGAAGGACUGAAGAGUCCACACUGCAAACUGGAAACCCUCAGGCUCUCAGGGUGUCUCAUCACAAAAACUGGUGUUGACGAUCUGGCAAAAGCACUGAGCUCCAAUCCCUCACACCUGAAGGAGUUGCACCUGACCUUCAAUCAUCCAGGAGAUUCUGGAGUGAAAGUCCUUUUGGAAGGAUGGAAGAAUCCAAACUGGGCUUUAAAUAUUCUCAAGAUGAAGCCACGAGGAGCCAAUUUCAUGAAGCCUGGUCUAAAGAAGUAUGCUGUUGAUCUCACACUGGAUGAAAACACAGCUCACAGAAACCUCAUACUGAGAGACAACAACAAAACAGUGAGGAUGGUGAAAGAGAAGCAGACGUAUCCCGAUCAUCCAGAGAGGUUUUCUUACUGGAAACAGGUGUUGUGCACACAAGGACUGACUGGGCGUUACUACUGGGAGGUGGAGUGGAAGGGGGAGGUUUACAUCGCUGUGACUUACAGAGGAAUCAGAAGGAAGGGAGAAAGGGACGACAGCAGCCUUGGGAAGAAUGACAAAUCCUGGAGCCUGCUGUGUUCUGAUAAAAGUCACUCUGUCCUCCACAAUAACAUCGACACUCCAGUCCAUGUAGUCCCUUCCAGCAGAGUUGGAGUCUACCUGAACUCAGAUGGUGGUACUUUGUCUUUCUUUAAGGUUUGUUCGGACGCAGUGACCCACCUUCACACCUUCAAAGCCACAUUCAGUGAGCCAGUCUACCCAGCUUUCAGGGUCAGGACUGAGCCCUUCAACUCGUCUCUGACUUUGUGUUAGAUUUGUCAUGAAGGACCAAAAGUAGAACAAGAGGUUGGGUGAGACAGAGGCGAUGCAUAAUUAACUGAUUAACUGUUUAAAAGAACAUCGGAUUAGGAAUGCAAACAUACCGGGGUCUUAAUGUAAAUGAAAAAACAAAUAAAAUCUACCUAAUUAAAAUACCGUAAUAACAUAAUCAAAAAUUUAAACCAAAGAGGUUUUUGCAAGAUUUUAAAUGUUCAAGAUACUGAAUCUUUUUUAUUAAUAUAAAAAAAUACGAGACAAUUAAUUAAACAAAAAUUCAAUUCAGAUUUUUACUUAAAAAACUUUAUCAUAAGACCAACAUGUAAUUUCUAUAUUUUAAUGUUAUCAUUUUCAUGUACUUUUUUGUUUUAAAUGUUAUCUUACAUCUCUAAUUGUGGAAAUUAAUUACAUUCUUUUAAUUUUGCAAAAAUUAGCUGAACUUUUUGUGUAUUUAUAAAUUACUAUAAAUAACAUGGGUUCCUACAGAUUAACUAAAUUUAAUCUUACGUCCAUUAUCUAUUAGUUUUUCAGCCGUUAAUAAUUUAAUAGUUUUAGUUUCAUAAUAUUUGUGAUUUAAAGAACUUCUGUUUGCCUACUUCAAGGUGUAUUUAGUUAAAUGCAAAAACCAAAGUGAUUUCUUUGCAUUUCAUUUGAAGUUAAAAGCUAGUUUGAUAUGAGGUAAAAUAAAUGAAUACACUAAAGUUUAGUUUGGAAAAGCUGAAGGCAAAUUUCUUUUAUCAUUUGCUUUUCCCUGAACUCAAAAUGCAGCUAGACUUAUCUGACUUUUUUAUGUUUAAUACUUUUUUAAAAUCUAAAAUGUAAAUGGUGAAUUGAUGUUCUUUCUCAUUUGACCACAGUUGACAUUGUAAUUAAGGGUUGCUUUAGUGGUACUUGACCAUCUUGAAUGAAUCAGGGUUGGCUAUAUGGCAAGACGAGUAAGAAGGAACAUGAGAAACUAGAGAAAAAACAGGGACUCUGGGAUGUGGAGAAAGCCUGGAAAGGUGAAGGUGACAGUGUGGUGAUUGGAGCACUUGGGGGGCAGUGGACCCAAAGUGAAGGAGUGGCUCCAGCAAAACCCUGAAACCCCUCCAGAUAUUUCAGUCCAGAAAAGCGCAGUGCAGGAACAGCAAAGACGCUGCAGGACCCUCAAGCUCCCUGGCCUCUGUGGAAGAAGACCCGAGCUUGGGAUAAGAACCACCCAUGGAGGGUGAGAAGAGAAUCUUUAAAAAUAUCAAUGCAUAUUAACAGCUUCUCAUUCAUAAUGGAAAUGCUACUAAAUGUUUGCUAAACUUUACAUUUGUGUGUGUUUAAAGUAAAAAAAAAAAAAAAAUGUAAGAUUAAAAUAACAAAAAUUAAUCAACAGUUGAAGCACCUUAUUAUUUGGGGGAGAUAUUUUACUAAAACUGGUCACUUGACCUCAGUACAUCGUUUAAAUUAAGAUAUCUAACAUGUCAUGCCAGAGAUUUUUUUUGGUCAUUUUUAAACUGUUCAGCUCUCACUUGACUUUCUUUUGGGUCCCGUUUUCUGACUUGUCUAUCUGCAUCCACACUGUUGCUGAUUUGACAGAAGUGCAUUUCUAAUUUUAAUCAGAUAAAGCUUUUAUAUGUUUCACUAAAUUGAUUCAGGAAAAAAACAACAACAACGAUAGUCCAGCAUUCAAGGCCAUUAAUGUAAAUAACACAGCAGAGAAGACAUCAUCUAAUCUAGUAAUGACCUGCUUAUUAUAUAUAGUGCUUAUAUUAUAUAUUUGUGGCCAAUUCUGUUAAGGGGAAAUAACGUGAACCAUAAUAAUAGCAGUCAUUUGUAAUUUAAAAAGGAAAAUACUUUAACAAACACAUUAAGACCCACUUCCUUCAAAAACUAGGAAAUAUUCCAGAACCGCCUUGUGUUUAGACCAAAAACUAUUCAAAAUUUAAUCAAUAAUGUUAGAAGAAAGCUGGAUUUUCCUUUAUUAUAGCAAAAAUUAACGGAUAAAAAAGAUGACCAAUGUUAGAUAAAAUGGCUUUUUUUCAUAUAAAUUACUUCUAAAUUAUUUCAGAAUGUAAGAAAACUGAAUAAACUCAGACAUGGGAAAAAUGUCACUGUUAACUAUUUAGAAAACCACAACAAUAGUUAAUGUGUAAUUAUGAUUCCAUCUUCUUUAGCAUUUGGUUUAUCCCUCAAAAAUAUAUAAAAAUCUUCAUUAACUCUGAUUUCUCUAUUUAGUCUUAAAAAUGAAGAGGUUUUCUCCAAUAAGUCAUGGUGAAACGAGGUAAUUGAUCUGUAUUUAAAUAAAUUCUUAAAGAUUUUGUUUUGCUGAAGUGUAGUUCUUAAUUUCAACAUUAUAUAUUGACUUUCACAUGCUGCUUUAAAAUAAAGAUGAAAAUUUGCAA